GUAGUCGGAUAGUCAGUGAGUAAGAGGGGGUAGAUAAAUUAAUUUUCGACAAUGGCUUUUGAUACGCCAAUAUUAUGACCUAAACUCGUCCCCUAUUACAAUUUCUAUUACACUAUAAUUAUUAGCUACUAUUUAGUUACAUUGAUAAAGAUCAACAUGAGAGAACGUUUAUAAUUUGGAAUUAAAUAAUAAUUUAACAGCUACAAGAAAAGAGAUUUAAAAACUUCAAUAGAGUAAAAUAGUUAUCUCCUUGAGAAAUUUAAAGGAAAUAUCAUUUCUCAUUGUAUUUGAUUAGAAUAUAACAAACAAACUAUUUCCCUUUUCUAUCUUUCAAUAUUCAUUACUAUUGUAAUACCAGUAUAUAAAUGAAUACAAUAUACAAUAACAAUAAAAUAUCUAGAAAAUAAUUAACAUUAUAAAUGAAUAUUUACACACCAGAAAAGUUUAGAAAAAGACAGAAGUAGAAAUAUCCUACUGUAACUAUUAAAAACAAACUAAUUUUCUCUCAGUUUUUGUUGUUGUAUUAUGAAUUAUACAUUUAAAAUACAAUUUAUUCAUCAUCAUUGAAUAAUAAUAGUAAUAAUCAAAGUUUAAGAAACCAGACAUUGAGUCAGAAUUGUAUCCACUUCUUCAUUUCGCCUCUACAAAUCUCUACAUUGAUAACAGACGAUGAAAAUUGUUGAUUUGGUGACAUUUGCUUUCUCUCGUAAAAAAGAUUCACAAGGAAACGCAUCAUAUUUCACAAUCACACCUUGAGUUUCGAUUCAAAAUGACAACAAAUCAAGAUAUUAUCAAAACAUCGUCACUAUUUUCUGAUAAAUCUAUGGGCCUAAAAGAAAGUCACAGAUAUAUUUUAUCAGCACUAAAUGAUCAUACACCUAUACGAUCAUUUGAUGGUAGUUUUUCUGUUAAUCGUAAUAAUGAGAAUCAAACAGGAUAUUUUACACAUUGGUCACCUAUUGAAGUUACAUUCUCUGAAUGUACAUCUCAAUGCAAUUCCAUUUAUACUGUCGAAUCAAAUAUACAUGAAGAUAUAGUCAAGAAAAUGAGUUUACCUAACAAUGUUACAGUUAACAAGACUGAUAAUCCUCUUGAUUAUUCCAUACAUUCCAAUUUUAUUGAUCAUCAAUGUUUAACAUCUACCAGUCCGAAAGUAACAGCUCAUCAGCAAUCAAAUUACAAUCGCAAUUCAUCACUCGAAUUUUCGAACAGCUUCAAAUUUAAUCAUAACAAUACAUCUUCCUUAAGGAAAUCAGAAUGCACUUCCCAACCAGUUGUAUGUUAUGCUACAAAUGAUGAAACUGAUGGCGGACGUUUAUCAAAACGAAAGUAUUCUAAAAACCAUUCUAGUGUUUCUAGGAAAUACACUGGAAAAUAUAUAAAAGCAGGAAUCAACAAGAUUACUGGCCUUAAUCAACCUAAUGUAAUCAGUAUUCCUAUCAGUAAUAAUAAUACACAUAUCAAUGACAGGUUUGAGGUUAUUCACGCUAAUACUAUUAAUCAUUCAUUAACACAUAAUUUACUAAAGGAGACAUAUUCUGUAAAUCAAAAUACUGUAAAUGAAGAUGGGAAUUCAAUAAAUGGUAAAAAAUCCAAAUUAGAUAAAAAUUGUCCCACAGUUGAAAAAAAUAGCGUCAACAAACAAACAAUAGAUAUGACUUUUUAUUCCACUCCCGAAGACAGCCCAUGGAACAAUGGCGAAGAUGAAAAAGGUAAAACUAACAGUGAUAAUCAAAACAAUGUGAAAAAUACUGUUGUUUCAACAGGAGCUUAUAAAUACUUAUCAUGGCGUGAAAAAGAUCGUAGACGAAGGUUUCGUGAAGAAUGGAAACAUUUAUGGCUUGUUAUACCACAUGGACUUCAUGAAGUUAUGUGCCUUAUUUGUCAUAAAGUUAUGACUCAAAGAAAAUUAGACACAAUAAAACGUCAUGUUGUUAGAAGACAUCCAGAAUUAUUAAAAAUGUAUGAUCAUGAUAAAAGAGAAUUAUUUAAUCAAUUAAUUAAACAAUCUAAUUUAAUAGAUCAUACAAACAUCAGUUCAAUCAUAAAUAAUCCAUGUAAAUUCAUACAAAAAUCCAAUGAUUCAUAUAAAUGUAAUUUGAAUAGAAAUUUACCAAAGACAAAAGAAUCUUCACAGAAACUUCUAUUCAAUACUUCUAAUCGGUUGAUGAAUCAAACAAGUAAUAGAAAUCUUUUUCUUAAAAAUAUGAAUCAAUUAAAUAAUAUUCCAUUAUGUUAUACACCAAAUUCACAAUCUGUAUACUAUAAGAGUAGUGAAGAUUCAGUUGAUGAACUUCAUGAGGUAGUCAAUUCAAAUGUUAAAAUGAAACAAUAUUUAUCUUCUGAUGAAAGUAAAUAUCUACCGAAAAUGUAUCAAGAGGUUAUAAACAGUUUUGAUUUCAAUCAUUUAUCAUCAGCAUUACCAGAAGAUUGGUUUAAUCUCUUAAAGAUUGCUGAAAGUCUAUUACCUAUUGUUAAAUCAUCAUCUGAUGGAUCAAUGGAUCCUCUUGAUUAUUCUAUACAUUCAAGUCAGCAUAAUCCUAUAGAAAUCAAUAUGCAAUUAUUAUCUUCUAAUAAUCAACCAGUAAAUACAUCAAUGAUUUCAACAGAAUCAUUAUUAUCUCCAAAUGUUCAAACUAUUAACUGCUCUUCGUUUCGUCCUUUCUCUUCUUCUUCUAAAUCAUCCAAUUUAAAUAUAAAUUAUAGAAAAUCAUUUACUCCAAUGACAUAUAAAUCAAUGGAGCCAAUGAAUUCAUUACCAUUAUCAUCGAUUGUACAAACAAAAUCCUUUUCUAAUAUUCAAAAUUUAGACAAAUCCUAUGGAUUUAUGGAAUCAACCUCUAAUUCAUAUGAAGACACCAUUAAAACCAGUAAUGAAAAUUUAGCUGCAGUUAACUGUAACGUAAACUUUUCCAGUAAAAAUAUUCACGUUCAAAAUGACUACGAGAUAAACGAUUAUGACAGCAGUCAAAUGGCCAAAGGAUAUUUAAAUUCACAGUUUCAUUUAACAACGGAAUAUAUGGAGCAUGAUCAUAUUGUUAAUGAACUAAAUCAACGUUUAAGAGUAUCUGUAAAUACAACAACAAGUCAUGCCAACCGUACGUCAACUGGAUUCGAUCCUACGUUUUCAAAAGUUCCUAAAAUUGACGAGGCUCAGUCAUUAAUGAUAGCCGCUUGGUAUUCAGCUCUUAUGAAUUCUACUAAAAAUACAAACCAACUAGUUAAUGACAAUGUAUCUCUAAAUGUACAUAAACCAAUAUGUAAUGAAUCUGUAGGUAUGGAGCAGCCCCUCACAUUUUCUUUCCCUUUCUCAAAUCCAAAACUCUGCAAUACUAGCCCACAUGUUCCCAAUACCUCCGAUGAAAUUAUUUCCUCUCGUUUAAAACAAAAGGAGAAGCUUAGUAAUUACCCAAGUAUAAUAGAUUCAUUACAAUUGCAUAAUCAGGAGGUGGAAUUACAAUCAUCGAAACAAGUGAAUCCAUCUCGUCAGUUAAAAUUGAAUUCAGAUUUAAAUAAAUUUACUAUCUCCUCUCUAUUGAAUACAGAACAACGUCAAAUAACAACUCCAGUAUCAAAAGCUGAACAGAAGAGUGAUAAUUCCUGUCCUAAUAUACUUAGUAACUUAGAAAUGUCUUCAUGUGAUAGCUCGACUGAUUCAUCAUCGCAGCUUGGCAAUAAGCAAAAAUAUGAUAAAUUUAAAUCUAUUCCCGAGUGUAUCUCAUGCAUUCUUUGUAUGAUUCAUGACAUGAAUGUAGGAAAUUCCUCUAGCAAUACAAAUUAUAAUAAGUCGUGCAGAUUAAAUGUUGACAUUCCGAGUAACAUAUAUGCAAAAGAAGCUGAGUCAUACAAAAGAAAACAUACUGCGUUCACCUGCCCUAAAAAUUUGCCAAGUUCAUUUUAUAAUUCUGUAGAAAUUCAAUCAAAAAUUAAUGCAUCUAACCAGUUUAACAAUGAUAAUUGUACUUCACAAAAUCAAAUACCAUUCAUACAUUUACUGGAUUCAAAUAAUCAACCCAUUCACGAAGUACAAACCUAUAUGAAAUGUUAUUAUGAUGAAUUGUUACGAAAUCAUUUCGAACAUAUUCAGAAAGAAAAUCAAUCCAGUGAAAAAGUGACAUCAUCAUAUUGUUGUAUACCAAUAAAUAAAGAAAACACUAUCUGUUUAAAUGGUAGUGAAGAUAUCUAGUUGAAUGAAUCCACUUAGUGUUUGGUGGUACAAAGAAAUACCUACAGCUAACUACAUGAAAACCUCUACGCAGCAACAAACAGUUCUUCAAUAGAUCAAGUUAUAUUACGUUGUAUGCAAUCGAAUACUGAAUAUCACAUUUUAAAAAACAAAAUUACUUAUCUGAUAACUCAUUUACGAUUGUUUACUAUGAAAGUAAACAGUAACCAGGGGGGGAAAAAGUAAUGUGAAAUAAUUGGGAGAGUUAUCACUAGAAUUAUGAAAUAUACUAAUAUGUGAUUUAUUUUCACUUAUACAAACAAAAAAUCGAUUAUAAUAUCCCAAAGUAACAAAUAUGUUCUAUUAUCAAAUAAAUUGUUGAUUCAUGAAUUCUGAUUUUUCCUAUACAAGAAUAGAGUUUUAUAAGUAAAUACUUAAUAUAUCUUUCAGUUAUAUUUGAGAUAUUUCUAUACAUUCUUGAUAGUAUUAUGCAUGAUUUAACAUGGAAUUGAUGUAACUAAAAGUUAUAGUUCUAAUGGAUUGUUUAUUAAAUGAUCAACACAGAAAUAUUUCCACAUGUUCUCAUUUAGUUUUCUUCCAUAACAACACGGUUCUUUCUUUUCUCUCUUCCCCCCCCUCUCUCUCUCUCGUUAUUUUCCUUAAUUGUUUGUUGUAAAUUAUAAUCUUAUCAUUAUAUUAUUACUAUUUAUUUUAUGAACAUUCCUUAAUUGUUAAAAUCAUUUAUUAAUUAUAAAUAGAAAUUAGUUGUUUCAGUUUAUCAGUAGUAGUAUUUUAUAUCUUUUCUUGUUAUUGAUUUUGUACAUGACUAUUUCCAUAGAAUAUUCUUGAUAUACUUCUUUAUUGGACUUUCUAUCUAAUGUUGUUGUUGUUGUUGUUGAAUAGUCUAAGUAUAAAAGUGAUAUGAUGCAUUGAACUAUAUGAAUUGUAUCGAAAGCGGUUUUUUGUGGAUAUUAUGGUAAUUUCCAUAGUUGAAAUCAUGAAUCAAUUGAAGCUAGAUCAUCAUGGAAAAUUUGAAAGCACUGGACGGCCAUUUCGUACUAUUGUGAAUACUGCUUUGUUAAGAACUAGUUUUAUCUAGGUAUUGUUCAAGAAAUGUUCUAACAUAACUUCAAACUCGUUGGAUCUGAACAGUUUCUUUCUUUUCUUCCUUACUUAUUUACACCUGUUACCCCUCGUCGAGGAGCAUAAGCGCACCCACCAGGAUUCUUCAUCUACUGAUGAUCCGAAUCUUUGACAAAACGGCCUUCCAGUGCUUCCAGGUUUUCGAUGGUGGUCUAGCUUCAAUUGACUCAUGAUCUCAGCUCUAUGAAAUGUGAUUAAAAUUGUUCAACAAAUCAAUAUCUUUCUUAACUAGUUUUCAUUUUUUUGAGUUGAAACAGUCUCAAUUCCUUUUUGUUAAUUGUAUUCGAAUUUGUAGAUUUAUGGAAAUGUAACUGUAUUUUUUUUAAUUAUCUUUCUUAACCUGAGAAAAGUAACACAAUAUUGUACAUUUUAUGUAUAGUAUACUAUACAUGGUGUUUUGUUUCUGCCAUUCUGUAAUGAAACAGAGUUGGCAACAAAAUUUGUUUUUAUCCACCAUUUUACUUAUCUUUUAUUCGUUUGAAAUUACUAUUAACUGAUCUAUUAUUUAAAGAGAUAUCAUGGUUUAUUUAGUGAA